GAUAGCAUCGGUCUAUGCAGCCUGGUUCAUAUAAACACGUAAUCAAGCCUGGGAAUGUCGAUUGUUUAGUUUCACUUUUAAACGAAAUAUACAUGUAGUCUGCUAAAUUCGGAAAAUGACCUUAUAAGUGGUCGUUACGAAGUAUUGUAUUAAUACUAAUUGCAGAUUGCGUGUGAUGCGUUUUAUUCUCGUUAAAUACAGCGUUAUUCAUAUUAUAUCUACUUGACAUAGAUGUGUUUAAUAUGAGGCAUUAUUAUUAAUGUUUGUCGUUAAAAUGCGUACACUUUUUCGUUUAUGUGCGAUUUUGAUAGUUUUUGGGAGGUUUGAGGAAUCGGGAGCCAAAAGUUUGACGGAAGAAACAGAGAAGUGUGUUCGUAUUAUUGAGGACGAAUUGAAGCACAAAGACAUUGUGCUAAAAGAUGGUGAUACACUAAAGAAUAAAGUCCGCUUUGAGUGUGACAAAGGUUUGAAGAGCAACGUUCCGAACUUAAUUGACAUAUGGUUCAAAUGCGAGUUCCAUAAAGCACUUGAUAAGGUGGAUUGGAAAGGACUGGGAGUUGGAGUUGCGACAGGGCAUGGAAGACGACCAUUGUAUCUUCAAAAUAUAACAUGUUUAUCAGCUUGUCCCAAACCCAAGUUCCCCGACAAUAUGGAACUUAAAGUCAACAGCAACACCAAACUGAAAGUGUUUAACGAAAAUGGUGUACCCUUUGAAGACAAUCCAUAUUUCUUCAUGGGGACAUCAUUACAUUGGAUUGUAAGGAUGGGUAUGUCCAUGAAGGCACAGCGGAGCGCGAGUCUGAAAACACUGUAGCGCAUAGCAAUAGCUACUACAACUAUGAGGACAGAGAUGAGGUAAUGGAGAAUGUUCUAACAACAUCGCUUCAGUGUGGUGAGGAUGGAUUGCUUAACCACGGAUCAGACGCUAAUUAUGGAAUGUGUAGAGAAAUCACAUGUGACGCGAUGUCUUAUCAGAAUGUAAGAGAUGGAUCCAUUACAAACUACAAAAAUGUCUACCAGUUUCAAGAGGUCUUGAAGCUCAAAUGUGAUGAAGGGUUUCGGCCGUACAACAAUCGAGAUUAUAUGCAAUGUCUUACAGUUGAUAGUUUUAAGAACCAAAACUUCAAAUGUGAACAAAUAAUUUGCUUAACACCACCAGAGCCCUUACAUGGCAGGAUCGAAACGACGAAGGUUUAUUAUUUUCCGAACGAGACAGCAGUGUUUGCCUGUGACUAUGGCUAUACGAUGGUAGGAUCACCCGUGUGGGAAUGUCAGUCGUCUGGUGAAUGGAAUAAGUCAUGCGUCCAGUGUGAGCGAGAAGACGACUUUUGCCAACCUCCGUGUGUUCAGCUUGGUUCUCGAAUAGUUGAUAGCCCGAGGCGUAUCGAAAUAGGUACGACGAUUGAGUUUGCGUGUGAUCAAAUGGUUUACGGAGGUUCAACCAACAGGACAUGCUUGUUCAACAAGCAAUGGAGCAAUGAGCCAAUAGACUGUACAGGCUGGUCCUUAUUUACCCCGAACACUGGAAUCUACUUGAAAGAAGCUUUAAGUAAAUCGUUGGUUAAUGCGGUUAUUAGAUCAAAUAACAGUCAUAACAUCUCUGACGACAAGGGUCUCACUCAAGGACGGACAAUAAAUGUAAAUAAAAUUUUCGGAGUGGAUGUUUACAUUUUAAUCGACGUUUCAAAAAGUAUUGAUGACAAUGAAACAGAUGUGAUGAAGAAGUUUGUCGUUGCCUUAGUACAAAAUCUGGAUGUUAGCGAUAAAAACGAUGGGACCAGAGUGGCAGUGUAUUUAUUUGCGACCACAAUGAAAGCACUUUUCUCUCAACGAGAUGCUUUAACAGAAGCUAACAUAAUUGAACAAAUCAACGAAAUCGAUAGUAAAACUAUUCGUGAAUUUCAACAUGGUGAAGGUGGAACAGGGACGGCCAUUAGCACUGCUUUGGAAGAUGUGCACACUGACAUUCUAACUAAACGCCAGAUGACGCCAAGAACCCGUGAUGCACAACAAGUUGUGAUCCUGAUAAGUGACGGGAAGUAUACGCAGCGAGGAAGUCCCGUGCAGUUUGCCAGGAAUCUGAAAGAUUUGGAAGUAGAAUUAUAUUCUAUUUUUGUUGGCAAAAAGGAAGAAGAUACCACAGCGUAUCGCCUAAUGGAAGAAAUGGCGUCUAAAAUUGGGACGGAGAAACACUUCUUUGCAAUAGACUCCAACAAUGACAUGACGGAUGUUAUUAACGGAAUGAUAACAAAGGCACCUGCGUUGCCAUGUGGAAGUGUACACACGAUUUUAACGAAGACAAAUGACGUCAACCAAUCAUUAUAUUCUCUGGCAGAAAAAUCUGCAUGGCCGUGGAUGGUUCAGCUGAGAACGUCUAGUCAAGUAAUCUGUGGAGGAACCCUCAUCUCUGACCAGUGGAUAUUGACUGCCGCUCACUGCUUUAAUGAAUCCGAUCCAUCUGAUCCAUCUUCUCAUCAGAAUCGAAUAGGAACAGUCGAAUUGAAGACUUGGAAAACCGAUGCUACGGACCCGUUUAAAAUAUCUGUCCCAAUCCACUACACCCGGCCAAUAACAAAGGAUGAAAAGAACAAAAACGUAUUUAUUCAUACUAAAUAUAACAACCCUGAUACAAAGUCACGAAAUUUUACCUAUGACAUAGCGCUUAUUCAACUCCCCAACAAGGUGACUAUGGACAUAGACCUCAGUCCAGUGUGUUUGUGGGGCAACACAACUGAAGACAUCGAGAAUUUUUCGUACAGCUCCUUGUUUAAACAUGGAACGUAUGGAGUAGUGACCGGGUGGGGAUAUAACAACACAAACAAUAGUCGAGAGAAGUAUAUGAAACAAAUGCAGUUUCCUAUUCAGAAUUUUAAUACAUGCGAACAACAUAUCCCGAAAAAUGAGACACCACACAUGAGCGAAGAGUUUAUGUUUUGCGCUGGAACGCCAGGCGAUGACAGUAAUAAUAUCAUCGACGCAUGUUCUGGGGACAGUGGAGGGCCUUUUAUGGUACCACAUCCCCGCAAGAACAACCAAUACAUUCAAAUUGGUAUUGUUUCAUUUGGAAUCGGAAACAAGUGUAGGGAACACCCUUACAGGGGUUAUUAUACAAAACUGAACGAAGAGCUCCUUGGCUGGAUCAACACAAUCGUCAAGAAAUACUCACAAGAAAAGUAAUCACGCAGUUGAUAACAUUCAAUGCACUUUUAGGGCGUAGCUGUAGAAACUCUCAUAGCCCUUGUGUUUGUAUUUUUCUCACUGCAGAAGUUCGAUAUAAAUGUUUGCACUGAUUCGCAUUGGUUAGUAUAAAUCUUGGUCGGAACUCAACUAUUCUCUCGACAAACGCAAAAAUCUCUUAUAGCAGUGGAUUUAUCUUACGACUUUGUAUGCACAUAUUUGGUACCUUGUUAGUUACAUUUGUAUAUAAGUAAUUAUGUUCUAUUAUUGUAUGGCUUAAAUAUAAGACUAGAAAAAAACUUG